AUGAUUUCUAUAUCAGGAGUAAUCCUCUGCUUAUUUAUAAACUUUUUAGUUCUUGUCAUUUUUUCUUACUGAUUUCAGAAUAAUAAGCUUCUCUCCUUAAUUUUUCUAAUGCUUCCCAUCAAAAGAGGGUCUCAACAAAAAGAAUGCUUUAUCGAACUUGACUGAGCAUAUUUUAUUUUUCCUAAGUGAGGUAACUUGGUAUAUCUUUCCACUCUGAUGAGCAGUAAGUCUUCUUUCUUCUUCUCCCCCUAGAUUAUCAAGUAGUACAAGGACGCCGAAUUUUUUAAAUAUCUUCAGAAUUGAUUAACCAAAAAUAUCAAGAUUGAGAUAGUGUUUGUUAAUACUCACACUAAAGUAGUGAUGCUUGUUUUUUUUGCCUUUUAGAUGUUUCAGUACAUUCAUAUAGUGAGGUGGCUUUUUAAAUUUUUUGAAUAACAAAGAAAUGGGAUCAAGACAAAUAUUAACGUCUCAGGUUUUUCACUAAGUUGUA